CCCUCUCUUCCCCACGCAGAAAAUCCCUUGUAACGUCCUAUCGAACGGAGUUUGGAAUCUCCUCGUCGCACGGGCUUCGCUCUCCCCGUCUCGUCCGCAGCGAUCGCCGCUGGCCAGGAUUUUGUUGGCUAUGGAGGAAAGUUCCUCUAGAAGGAGGGAGUCAACUUUUAGUUUAGCGGUUCGUGAUGAUUAUUCAGCAAGUGAGGUGCAACAACUUUUUACUGCCAUCCCAGCUCUCAACGAGGCUGCUUCAUAUCUUGCACAUACAACAUCAUAUUUUACUCGCUGCUUUCCAGGAUCUGCUGGAGAUGUUGAACCCGAUGAAGGACAGGAACUAAUGACUCUGGUUUCAGAACAAGACACUAGGUCACUGUACGAGAGGGAGUCCACUGUUUCUGAACAAGUUGGUGAUGACAACACUUCCUCAUCUAUAAAUGAGGAAAUGAGUGCAAGUUCUGUUGGAAGUUCAUCUCCAUGGUUGUCAGCUCGUAUUUUCCAAAAUGGAUCUUCGAUAUUCAAAGACCUUGUCGAUAGAGCACGAAAAACAGUUCGUGGUUCAGCAGAUGACAUAGGAUGGCUACAGCAAGCUACAGACAUGCCUCCUGUUGAAGAUGGAACUAAACGAUUUCAGGAGAUACUCGAGAGUAUAAGAAAUAACGAGCAUAAAUUGCCAAACUCUGUGGUUUACUUGUUGGUUCCAGGUCUUUUCAGCAAUCAUGGACCCCUGUACUUUGUCAAUACAAAAACAUACUUUUCAAAGAUGGGUCUAGCUUGCCACAUUGCUAGAAUACACAGUGAGGCUUCGGUUGAAAAAAAUGCCCGAGAGAUAAAACAGUACAUUGAAGAAAUCUUUUGGGGUUCACAGAAGCGCGUGUUACUUCUCGGGCACAGCAAGGGAGGAGUUGAUGCUGCAGCUGCAUUAUCUUUGUACUGGUCUGAUUUGAAGGAUAAGGUUGCUGGACUAGCAUUGGCUCAAAGUCCUUAUGGGGGAAGCCCAAUUGCCUCAGAUAUUUUGCGUGAAGGACAGCUUGGAGACUAUGUUAGUCUACGAAAAAUCAUGGAAGUUCUGAUAUGCAAAAUCAUUAAGGGUGAUUUGCAGGCACUAGAAGAUCUGACAUACGAGAGAAGGAAAGAGUUUUUGAUAAAACACCCAUUGCCACAAGAACUUCCUGUUGUUUCCUUCCAUACAGAAGCAGGCAUUGUGCCUGGCGUCCUCGCUACCUUAUCUCCAGUGGCACAUGCUGAGCUUCCUAUCAUCACAUCCCUCGCAGACGGUCAACCCGCCAAGCUUCCAGUGGUUAUGCCACUUGGGGCUGCAAUGGCUGCAUGUGCACAGCUACUUCAGGUCAGAUACAGAGAGAAAAGUGACGGCCUUGUGACACGAAGAGAUGCUGAGGUUCCUGGUUCUGUUGUAGUACGACCUGAGCAGAAGCUUGACCAUGCUUGGAUGGUAUAUUCAUCCCCGAACAAUGAACCUGUUGAAACGGAUGCAUCCAAAGUUUGCGAGGCCCUUCUCACAUUGCUCGUGGAGGUUGCACAGAAGAGAAGGCAUGAAAUUUCCAACAAAGAUGAAUAAUAUGAACUAAGAUGUGAUAGCGUCCCAUCCUAUUGUAUAUUUAAUUCGUUCAGGCUGAUAUAUACAAUAUUCAAUUUCAUAGAAUGUUCACGAGGAUAUGAGUCUGCCUCUGA